UCACUAUUAAUAACCAAAAUGCAUCUUUUACAAAAGAUAAGAAAUCUAUUAUUACCGAUUCUACAUCUGAACCAAUACACAGCUCAACCCAGCUACAGAAAGGUGAGUCUAAAUAUUUAUUUGAAUCUCCAACAGAGCCUGUAACAUCCAUAACAUCUUCACAACAAGAUAUUGUUGAUGAUAAUUUGGCUA